GGAAAUGCUUUCACGAGCAAUUUUGACAUUUUUCCGCAGUGUCGGUUAGUAAACCGUUUUUGAAAACUUUAAUUUUUGUUCAAUGGUUUUUUGAUGUAAAAAUUUGUGUUACUUUUUUGAAAACAUGCUCUUAGGUCUUCAGUGAAACUCGCUAGAACCAUGUUGUGUUUAUUACAUCGUUGAGCGUUUGAAAUCGACGUUUUUUGGUACCGUUUGAAAAACAUGAUUGGAACGGAAGAAUCCAUCCGGCUGGACCAGGAGAUUGCCCAUAAACUACAAAAUGAACAUCCGGAGCAAUUUGUUACACUUGUUCGAAUGCACCUUUCAUUUGAGUUAGACCUGAACACCGACACAGAAAACGACCCUACCGGCAUUGAGAAAUUGAAAAGCAAGAAAUGGAAAGGUUUUCAUAAAAAAGGAAAAUCUUGCACUUCCGCGAAAUCCACCUCUCCGGAAACUGAGAAAUCUGUACUAACCAAACAUAACAUUCGCGAUGUAGAGCAGCUUAUCAAUUUUCUUAUACAGGAGAAAAAUAUAAUUCAGGAAGGUAUUUUUCGAAAGACUGGUUCUCUUAAUAGGCAGAACGAACUGAAGAAUGCUCUAGUCCAAGGUAUAACAAUCUGCCUUGAGAAAGGUGAUUUCACAGCUCAUGAUUGUGCGAGUGUGCUUAAGAGUUUCCUUGCUGACUUAUCAGAACCACUUCUGACGGAGCAUUACUACUCGGCAUACUGUCAAGUAGCACAAUUCUGCCAUUCCAAAGAAUCUCUGGCAGUGCGGGAAGAUAGGCUUCUGAAUAUCAUUCAGUUGCUGGUUUUACUGUUGCCCAAAGAGAAUAGUAUUCUUCUGAAGUGUAUAAUUGAUAUGCUGCAUAAAACCAUUCAGCAUGAGGCGUUGAACAAAAUGUCUGCGGACAACUUGGCGACAUUGUUCACACCUCACCUAAUUUGUCCGCGGAAGUUGUCUCCGGAGGCUCUGCACGCGACUGCCCAGCAGAUGUGUAGUAUUGUUAGUUUUAUGAUUAGAACUGGUCCACAGUUGUUUCAUAUCCCUCCCAGAUUAGCUACGGAUAUUCGAGCAUUUUUUCUAGAACGAAAGCGACGGAAGACGAUGUCGCCCGAUCAUAUACUAAACGAAUCCAUAACCUCCGAUUCGGUGGCCAAUACUGUGUACACCUUCGUGGAUCGCGAAAAAACAGCCGAAGCACAUGUCAUGAAUUCUACCGACACCGCACUGGCACAGCUGUAUGCACACAUACAAAGUCUUCCAGAAUCUUCACGCAAGAAGAAACUCAUAAAGCAGUUCAACCGCGAAAACGGACACGGUACCCCGCUGCAAGUACUGAUGCUUAGGGAGAAGAAUUCCGGUGGCUCGACAACGUCCAAGGGCCCGAAAAAGAUUGGGGAUUCUAUCAAGCGGCACAUUUUUCACAAAGGAAUAGUUUCGAAGACUCCGAAGCGUAAAAAUCAAACACCGGCUUGUUUUCAGACUCCAAACGGAACGGUAUCCCACAUUCCAAAACAACGCGUGCUGUUCCAGACUCCAGUCUCCUCAGCGUCCAGCUCACCAAUAACGCUAGGCAAGCGCUGCUCCACGGUUUCCAGCUCAUCGUCGUCAUCCUCCGAUGGAGGUCUGGCUAGUUCCGAUUCGGGAAAGUCUUCCCCUACUAUUGGCGAAGCAAAAAGCAGCAAUAGCAGUACCACCAGCACAUCUACCAGCUCUUGUCAAAUGGAUUCGAAACGAACUGUUGAAUUUUCCAUAGACGGUGAAACAAAAUCGAAAAAAAGUCGGGUGAACUCAGAGGAAACAAAUGACGAACCUUCGCCUCCUGAAGAUGAUGAAGAUUUUGUAGAGCAAGAAGGAGAUCAUAUUGAUGACACUGAUGAGGACGAGCUACGAGACGAGGGGACAACUCUAAGCGAUAACGAGGAAGAUCACUUCUGUUCGCCAAAUUUAAGUGAUAGCAGGUCUAAAUUUAAAUCAGAACCCAAUUUAACCACAGUUGUCUAUGAGGAAAGCAGAGCAAGACCAAGCAACGGUAAGGAAAGGAAACUUUCCUUUCUUAAGAAUAAAUUAAUAAAAGGUGUAUCAAUGGGAAGUUUACGGUUACCUUUCGGCCAGGAGAAUCGGUCGGCAAAGAAAUCAUCGAGUUCGACUUCUUUGCUAAAAUGUUGCUUCGAGGACCACUUAAAAAACGCAAAAAGAUCAAUUGAAGGACGUUCAUCGUCCAGCUCAAUGGCCUCGAUAGACUCCCCCGUAUGCCGACGUUCCAGUGACAAGCAGAAUGUUCUGUCAUCUCUACUUCAUAGAACUUCUUCAGUUGGCAGUGAAGAAUACGACACAGUAAACUUGGUUGACGAGAACAACGCCAACAUGGAUGUGAAUAAUUGGAACGUUGUCUGUCUAACAAACACUCCAGCACUCAGCGGACGUGAAUCGAUGUCUCCCAUCACGAAGUCCACCCAACGGAUGCCGAAGUCGAUGCAGGAAUCAAUUAUGACUCCACGCUCUCGAAAGCCAGUUAUGUUGCUGGCGGGAAUGAAUACCGGAGAACAUCAACAGAUGUCUUACACUAAUCAAAGCAGUUUCUCUAGCCUACGAGAAGAAGAUGAAAACGAAACAACUGACGUAACAUCUCAAAAUGAGGAUAAUUACGUUCACUCAACUCAAGGAAGUACCACUUCGACUCAGUUAUCCAACAACGCUGAAAUACCGGUGUGUUCGAAUGACUCAACAAGUAUGACCGAAGCAGGUGCUUUGAACUUGAAUGACGAAUCAACAUCAUUGACCAGUACAUUCCGCGAUUACCUGUUAAGCCGUAGCGUUUUGACCGACAGCCCUGCUGAUCUAUCGUUUUCAAGCCAGCCAGACGACUUCGACACGAGCGCUGAACUGGAUGACUUGAGCGAGUCAAAAAUGAGCGAAAGUCUGCUGUUUUGUAUGAACGGAAACCAACCCGUCCCUGAUGAAACAUUGAUCAAUCCACGAAAAGUUGAUCCAAUUGUUGAUAGUGCUAUUGCCGAUGAUAGCACGCGUGUUAACGAAUUUGUGCUAUCCAGUGAAACAUUACUGGACGAAACUUCACUCUAGCGAGUGAAAAUCAACCCCAGAAAUUGGCCAAAUCAAUUUCUUAAUUUUUCAUUCUUAGCAAUUAAUCAAAUUAUGGAUGAAUACAAACAUUUAUUGUUCCGAUACAAAAGAAACCAUACGAUAAACAAAAAACAAUAAAAUAUAAUCCAUUAGAAA